AUGAAUCGAUACGGGCGGCCUCCACCCAAGAACGAUGACGAACUUCUCAGGCACGGAAAAGUAUCACAGGCUGCAUCUGACUCCUACGGACCUGUGAGUGCCAGUGCGCAUCGAGUCUCCUCGUGGAAUAGCCCAGGUUGUAGCCGCAGCAACGCAUACCCUAGCCAUCAACAGGAGCAGAAGCUGCAGCACGAGCCGCCCCCUCCUCAGAGACAGCAUCCGCAAGAUCAGCAAGGGCAGCAGCAGCAAGCGCACCAACAGCAGGUGCAGCAAGAAGAGCAUCCAGACCGCUGUGUGCCUUGCAUGUGGUAUUUCUGCCAUCCCUUUGGCUGCAACAAGGGGGCUUCAUGCCGCCGCUGUCAUCACGAGAGCCAUCGCGAUCCUUCUUCGCUCCUCCACCCCUUCUCCCUGCUGCACAUUAGGGGCCGCUGCAUGCCGUGCAGACGCAUAGCAGCCGAAGGCCUCUGCAUGCAUACCGGCUGCGUUUUCUGCCAUCAUCCUGACCAUCACGUUCCGCUCAGUACCACGGGAGAAAAGCAACAGCAGCAGCAGCAGCAGCGCCGGCUACAGGAGCAGAGACUUGCACCGAUACAGCGUCUGUCAUACGAUCAGGGAGCCCAUGUGCGAGGAGUUUGCCGACCAUGCGCGGCUUUCUUCUGCUCCCCUGAGGGCUGUAGGGGGGGCACAGCCUGCAAGCGCUGCCAUGAUGCUUCGCAUGCUAACCCGUACUUGCCCUCUCAUCCCUCUGUGCUGCUGCAUCUCAAGAGAUGCUGCGAGCCAUGUGCAGCGUUCCUGCGGGGAGAGUGCUCGAAGGCCCCCUCGCUGUGUUUUUCUUGCCAUCACCCAAGCCAUCAGCAGCACCAGCCGCCGAGUGAGGAGCCGCGAGAAACAGAAAAACUGGAGCCGCAAGAGGAGGCGCAGAAGCAGCUGCAGGAAGAGAUGCUGUUGCUCCAGCAUCAAGAGCACGAAGAAUUGCAAGCGGACGACGAUGAACACUGGGAUCUCGUCAGCGAGGGAUGCGCCGUGUACAGCGCAGGCUCACCUGGGGAAGACGGGCAGCAGCAACAGCAGCAACAGCAACAGCAGCAACAGCAGCAGCAACAGCAGCAACAGCAACAACAGCAGCAGCAGCAGCAGCAACAGCAGCAGGCUGCAGAUGUCCAUUUACCCGAAGGCGAGCAAUGCGAAAGCGGCAGUAACGAAGGGCCUCGGGGUAAGGAAUAUGAACAGCAGCAGCAACAGCAUGCGGAGUAUGACUACCAGCAGCAGGAAGAUGAGGACGAGGCAAUAGAGCAGCGGCAACAGGAAGGUCAGGCUCUGGAGGAGCAGCCUUCUGGGUAG